AUGGAUGAUAGUGAAAUGGCCAAGUCGAAGAACCACACCAACCACAACCAAAACAGCAAGGCUCACCGUAACGGUAUCAAGAAGCCCAAGCAGCACCGCUACCCCUCCCUCAAGGGUGUUGAUGCCAAGUUCCUUCGCAACCAACGUUACGCCAAGAAGGGUACCCUCAAGGCUUUGGCCGCUAAGAAGACUGCCAAGUCGGCUUAA